CCGGCCGUGGCAUGUGGCGGCGCCGCGGGGCUCUGGCGUUCCGUCCCUUCCCUGCCCGGGGCUCUUCCCUGCCUUCCCUGCCCGCGGGGGCCGCGCCAGCGCCGGCCCAGCGCCUCUCCCGCCCCGCGGCCGCCUCCUCCGCCGGACCCCGCCACGUCGAUUGGCAAAGAAAUCCUGUCGCGGGAUCGUGUCAAGUAAUGUGCCUUGGUGUCCUACAUGUUAGCUGACUGAAUCCCUGCCAGACUUGGUCAUGCAACACCACUGCUCAUUCCUGAUAAACUGUAGUCCUACUGUAUCCAGGCUUUUAUUGGCUUUUGCUUUCCCUAAAGGCGCAAUAAUUCCUGACAGCAAGAAAACAGUUACAAGUGUUUGCAUGGAACUCUCCUCCUCCCUCUCUCCAUCUGAAAAGACAAAUCCCACAGCAGGUAUAUUGCAGUGGAUCUGAAGUUGAUAUAAGAGAGAAUUUCUUCUGGGAAGAGAAGCUUCCCUGUAAGGCCAACCCUGAAGAUGUGGACUGCCAUUGUGUUCUUCCUGCUGAUUUCCAUCUGUAUCUGUGAACACCGGUUUUCUGUCCUGAAAGGGAGAGGAGUCCAUGUAGUGCAAAUAAACAGGCUUACAAGUGAAGAGCAAUGCAGGCAGGCUUGUCAGAGCCCAGGUGCUUCAGGGAGCCAUCACUGUAAUUGGUCUGUGCCCUACCAGAAUCACUGCCUCCUCCUGCAGUGUCACCAGCUGAGCAUGUGCCAGAAUGCUGGAGAACAAGACAUCAAAGACCUGCUUGCAGAAAUUGUCAGCAGCAAAUGGGAACCAGCACAGUUUCACCGCCAGAGCCAUCCGCAGAAAACAGAGAGGAUGCUGAUUGACCAACACAGUGUGGAAAACACGUUUUCUUUAAUUGCUCAGACUCACAAUAUUCAUUUGAGGCAUUUGUCUGGGGUUGAGAAUACAGAUGUCACAACAAGUACAAGAAAACUAAAUGAAACCGAUGCUGCCACCGCUGCCCCUGCCAUAACAACAAACGUUACAAAUGCAACUUUCUCUACCACUUACAAAGCAACUGCCAAAGCCUCAAACACCCCUGGAGGUUCUGAUACCUUUACUACAACCAUGUCAUCCUCUGCCUUUUCUCCCCCUCAUGGUAACAUCUCUGCUCCUGCUUCCAGCAAUGUCACCCAGAUGGUGAUCACCAGCCAAAAAUUAGGAAAUAGUAGCUCUGUCCCAGUACUGUCCCCCACUUCUGCUCCUGUCACUGUUCCUUCUAAAGCAGGUACCCAAGCACAGCAGCCUGGGCCGGGUACCACCAGCAGCAGCGCUCCUCACCCUGACAGCCUCACCACUGCUGGAGCUGGCCUGAACAUGCUGACCACAGCACUGACCACCCCCGUCCCGCAGGGUGCAGGAACAUCUUCCAGCGCUUCCACGCGUGCCACGGCACCCAUCCCAACAGAGAGUUCUCACUCUGUGAAUCCAGUGCAUGCUAGCAUGCCACCAGCUCUAAAGCCAGAGGCAAAUACAGCCACAGCAUCCUUGAAUGAAUCAGCUUCUCCUCUGGGCUCUACAAGAGGUGCCAUAGUUUUAACUACAACCUCUACAGUAGCAACUACGACUGAUCAUGGGGUAAAGUCAACACCUGAUGUCUUUUCAACAACCAUGACUCUAACAGAUGCAGCCAAAACAACAGCUUCAGGCCUCACAGAAACUCAGGACACAGACAAUGAGUAUCUUCUCAUUGCUGCCGAGCCCCUGACUCAGUACUUAGUGGAUAAAAGUUCACUACUUGCAGUGCUUUUAGUUGGUACGUUCUUUUUCCUAACUGUUAUAGUUCUUUUCCUCAUGCAGGCCUAUGAGAGCUACAAGAAGAAAGAUUACACACAAGUGGAUUACCUGAUCAAUGGAAUGUAUGUGGACUCCGAGAUGUGAAGAAGUGGGGAUAAAUAGUAGGCAAGAGAUGGAAAGGAGACUCAAAGUCUGCAUGACUUGUUUUUCCUUUCUAUCUGCCUAUAACACAAACUGAAAGUGCUUCCAAAUUUAUUUCUAGUGCAAUUGAGGAGAAAUGCCAUGUACUGUAUUAAGAAAAAAUAAUAAUUUUUUUAUCCAACUGUGCAACAGGUUGCUGUAAAACCAUAAAAAAGUAAUAAUUUUUAACAGUUUCAUAAUGCACAGUAGCUUUGGCCAUUAUAAUUCAUCGCAAAGCAAAUCUAACAAGGUGUAAGUUGCCAUCAUCUGAAAAUGCUGCAGUGCUUUUCAGCUGUUUACAGUACAGAUUGUGUUUCAUUUGUUUCACGUGUGCUCCUCUGAAAACAGUGCAAAGGAUGCUGUCACCUUUUGUGAAGUGCUCCCAAAUAGCCAGAUGAGAAGUGUGGAGUACUGUUGCAACAGGGGACUUUUAAUCCAGUGUGUGUCAUAUUUCAAUGUGCUUCUUGCUUGUGAAGAGGUCUGUUUACAAGGUAUUGUAAACUGUUUACUGCUAACCCAAGGUAUCUUUUCACCACGGAGUGGAUUACUGUGCCUCUGCACUUAAAUGAUCUUAUUUUUAUAUUCAGUUAAUAAACGGGGCCCUGGAAGGGCAGAUC